GUUGAGAUACACCAUACCAAUGAAAUUGAUGGUAUUUUUCAUGAACUUGUCUAUGUUAAAGGUGCUUCCAUUCUUCGCAUGCUACAAAGUUUCUUGGGGGCAAAGCGUUUCCAGAAAGCAUUGGCUUCAUAUGUGAAGAAAUAUGCCUACUCGAAUGCUAAAACGGAGGAUCUAUGGAUAGUGAUUGAAGAGGAAACUGGUGAACCAUUGAAGGAUUUGAUGACUCCUUGGACGAAGGAACCAGGAUAUCCUGUGAUUAAUGUAAAACAUGAAGGUGAACACAUCCAACUUGAACAGGCCCAGUUUGAUUUAGAUGGAUCCUCUCGAUCUAGCUUGUGGGAUGUGCCAAUAACACUAAGAUGUUCCUCAUCAACAAAAAAGUUCAUUUUGAAACAUAAGCAUGAUAAGGUUGAUUUCUAUUGUAAACGGCAGAAGGAUGGAAAUAUUUGGAUUAAGUUGAACAUAAAUGAAACCGGAUUUUACCGAGUGAAGUAUGAUAAAGAAAUUACAGCUACACUUCCAUAUGCAUUAGAGGCUAGUGAGUUCUCUUCAAUGGAAAAAAUUGGAAUUUUGGACAAUGCACUUGUGCUUUCCAUGUCCUACGAGCACAGACUAGCUUCGUUGCUACAUAUAGUUUAUGCUUGUCGUGAAGAAGCUGACUACAAUGUUCUCCCGCAUAUAUGUGAUAUAACUACAAGCGUUUCCCAGAUAACUUUUGAUGCCACACCUAACUUGGCUGGUGACAUCAAACAACUUCUCAUCAAAAUUCUUUUGUCACCUACUCUAAAGUUAGGUUGGGACCCCAAGGAUGGUGAGGGAGACCUACUUGUUCGUCUUAGAGAAACUCUCUUGGUUGCCCUUGUCAAACUUGGACAUGAUCAAACCAUUAAUGAAGGUGUUAAGCGCUUUCACAUAUUAAAGCGUGAUCACAACUCUUCUAUUCUUUCUCCACACUCUAGAAAGGCUGCAUACCUCUCUAUGAUGAAAAAAGCUAGUAGCUUAGACAGAUCUAGCUAUGAUGAUCUUCGACAAUUCUACAAGGACUUGGGAGAUGGGGUGGAAAAGCGACGCAUCUUAG